AUGACCGUCCGCGAGGCAGGGCCCGGGCAGCCCGGCACCGAGCCCAGGCACCCCUCGGAAGGGGGAAGCGGCCGGGCCCGCCAUGCUACAGCGUGGCCGCGAGCCCGGGCCGCCUGCCCAAGGAGCGCUCAGCCUGGGCAGCGGGGCGCGGGCGCGGGGUGCGGCUCCACCCCGCUGGGCUCCGGGCCGCUCCGCCCCCGGGUUGGCUCCGGCGGGGCUGGGCGCGCGGAGGCGCGACUGGCGGCGGAAAGGACAGUGGCCACGCCGCCCCCGGGGCUAGGUACUUGGAGGCGAUCACCGCGGGCACAGCGCGGGGGCUGGCCGUCACCCGCUUCCGGCAGGAGCGCCCUAGGGAGUCCCCGCGCCGCGGAGCGGGACGGAGGUCCGCCCACCCCGUUCCCCACACCCCCGCAGCGAGCGAGGCCACCCCCGGCCGCCGCCCCACGCCGGCCCCCGCCCCCGCCCCGGCGGCCACCCCGGAACCCCCGCCCGCUUAUCCUCCGCCUCCUGGGGCGUCUCGCCGCUGCCGCCCCACCUCGGGGCCCACCCCUACCUCUGAGCUCUGCGCCUCGCCCUCCACCCCGGCGCCCACCCGAGCCCGGGACCCGGAACCCUCGCCGUGGUCCCCAACGCGCAUGCGCGGGACUCUUCCCGCGCACCUGUGAGAACGCCCGGGGACGGGGCGGCCGCCUUCCGCGCACCUGUGCGAGCGCCCGCGGGCUCCCGAGCAUCUUCCCGCGCGGCCAGGCCCGGCCCAACGAGUGCCCCCUGCGCCCCUGGCCCGCCUUGGCGGCAGCGGGCCCGACACUCACCUCGUCCGUGGAGGCCGCGCCGGGAGCCCCGCCGCUCCGAGCAGCGCGCUGA